UAUAUAUUUUACAAUAUGUUAAUUAUAACUUAUUGUAAAAUAUAUAAAAUGUAUUAGAGACAAAGGAAGAAUAUAUAAUAAAAUUAGCAUUUAAUUAAUCCUAAUUUUAUACUAAUACAAUUUUUCAAAAAUCUAUUUGUCAAUAAACCUAUUCAAUAAAUACAUAACGCUUUCUUAUAUUAGCGAUAUUGACGUAGUAUAUAAAUUAUAUUAAAAGAAAAAUUCAUUUAAAAUUAAUAAAGAAUUGAUUUUUUAUAUGUGAGCAAUUUUUAUAUGCAAGCAUUUUUUAUGCAAGUACUACGUAUUUUGCUGCUUUAAAGAUUUACGGGGUAAUUGUACAUAUAGUACCAGCUAACAAAGUACGUAGUAUUAUUAAACAUGCGCAGAAAAAUAUCUCAAGUGAUCGUUACAUUCAUCGACAUAGGAUACGUUCAGAAAACACAACCGUUGGAUAUCAAUCGAAUGUGAUUGGUUCUUACUUCUACAACCAACAAAUCAAUGUCGAGUGUUAACAAGACAGUGCUCAGCAGUUGUUUUCUAAACGCACUCAUAUAUAGUGGACAGUACAUGUGUGGAUGCUCAGUGAGAGGGAUUAAUCUGAAUAGUUCGCUUCGGUCUUCUGUGCAUGUUUUAUAUAAUUUUGAAAUUCUCUUUGUUCUAUUAAGUGGUUCUUUAAAGUUUCAUUAAUCAUUUUCAUUACUUUAAUCCUGUGAUUGAUUUAAUAUGUAUGCAAUAGUUAAAUUUUAUGAUGAUGUGUAUUACGCCUAACUAGUUGUAUUUAUACUACUAAAAAUAUAACAAAAGCAAAGUAUAGUGAUGGAUAUAGAUAUCCCGCAACCAUUGUGGCAAAAAACAGUAAGUUAAAACGUUACUUUAAAAAGUUGCUUUAUGUAUAAAACCGGAUAAUGUUCAAAACAACGGGCAUGUCGCACAUUUUAAUAAAAGUGUGUUUAUUCGAUAGUUUUUCAUUGCUAAAUGAUGAAUUCCUAAAUGAUGAAUUUGAAUAAAUUAAAUAUAAAGAAGAUUUUAACAAUAAAAUUAUUGUGCGUAAUUUUUGCGUCUGGCUCUUAUUAGCCCUCUUUCCAUUAAAAUUUUAUAUUUAGAAGGGCCUCAUUUAUAUUAUUAAAAUUAUAUGCAUACUAUAUAUAAAAUGUGCUUCUCUGAUUAAAAAUUAUAUUUUUAAAUCUCACUCAAAAGUCAUAUAAUCUUUAUCUUCUGUUAAAAAAAAAUAACUUAAACACUAUACAAAAAAAACUUUUUCAUUAUAACAGAUGAUAAGAAGCUGUUGCAGAUAAUAGUUACAAAUAUUAAUAGAAAUAUACCUUAUGUACUAUGUAAUAGAGUUUCUAAGCGACAUGGAUGUGAUAAUUUUAAUGCACAAAUAACAAACCACAAUGCUCAAAGAAUUGCUAUCAAGCCUGCAUUUUGUGGUAUGUUUUCUUACUUCACAUGCAUAAAUUUCGAUUUCUAAACUACGUAAUUUUGCUAUAAAUAUUAUACCGUGUGAUUUAUAUUAUACUGUAUUAGAUUAUAUUUAUAUUUGCUGUAAUAUAAUAUAUUAUAUUACAGAUAUUACUAAACCGAUAUCUUUAGAUUAUGUAACUGUAAAUAAUAAAACUAGUAUCACCAAUCAAGAUGUUAGCUAUAAGAAAAAUAUUAAAAUGCCUUUAUCUCAUGAUGAUGAGACUGAUUUCGACUCUCCAACAGAUGUUGAAUGUCAGAGGAAUAUUUUUGUGUCUGCAUUUAAUAGAAAUAUGAAUGUCAGGGUGGACCAUAAUAAUAUGAGGGCAAAUAAUGAUGAUACUGAUAUCUUUAAUAGAGACUGCGAGAUAGUUGUACGAGAUAGUUGUACGAGAAAUAUUGCUACAUCUUUAUCUUGCGUAAAUACUGAAGAAACCAUAAAUUGUCACGAUGAAAAUAGAAACGAUGAGACUGAUUUUGAUUCUCUAAACAUAGAUUGUCAGAAUAAUAUUCUUGUACCUGCAUUUAAUAGAAAUAUUAAUGUAACAAUGGACUGUGAUAAUAUGAAUACAAACAUUAAUGAGACUGAUAUCUUAAAUAAAAGUCAUAAUUGUACGAGAAAUGUUGAUGCAUCUUUAUCUUGCGUAAAUACUGAAGAAUUGAUAAAUUAUCAUGAUGAAAAUAGAAACGAUGAGACUGAUUUUGACUCUCCAGACAUUGAUUGUCAGAAUAAUAUUCUUGUGCCUGCAUUUAAUAAAAAUAUUAAUGUAACAAUGGAUUGUGAUAAUAUGAACACAAAUGAUAAUGAGACUGAUAUUAAUAAAGAUCACAGUUAUACGCUAUAUGUUGAUUUAUCUUUAUCUCAUGUAGAUACUGAGAAAAUAAUUAACUAUGAUUUUCAAGACGAUUAUGAUGUGAUGAUUCCGAUAACGUAUGUUAACGCAGCAACUGACAUGUCUGACCUAACAAACCAGAAAAAUAAUGAUGCAAAAAACGAACAAAUAGAAGUCUCAGUUCCUUCUAUAUUUAGUAACUGUGACUUUAGGGAUGUGAAAAAAGCUGUGAAGCGAUUGACAUUUAACACUAUUGAAAAAUCAUCAGAAGAUGCAGAACACGUAUGCGUACUUCCUAUUUGUCUUGAUAAUCCAGAAAUUGUUGAUUUUGAUGUUCCAGUAUCUCAUGAUAAUGAUAAUGAUGAAGAUUAUAAUGAAGAUUCAGAAUAUAUACCUUCAGAACAUAGUUCUUUACAAAAUCAAUCUCCACAAGAUCAUGUGUCAAUUGUUGAUAAGACUACAUCUUCCAUUUCUAGUUAUGAUACUUCUAAUAUAAAUGUCGUUGGUACGUCAGCAUGUAACGACGAAGUUAUGUAUGUUCAAAAGUCUAAUGUGAAAUCAACGAAACAAAAUUAUUGCGCUUUUUGUAUGAAGUUGCAAUCACAGCUUGCAUGA